AGCUAGUUCCGUCGAGACCUAGAGUUCCGUCGCUGCUUCUCUCCGUGUGGACUGCCGCCGCCGCCGCCGCUGCCGCCGCUACCGCCGCUGACAAUGCAGAUCUUCGUGAAAACCUUAACUGGUAAGACCAUCACCCUGGAGGUCGAGCCCAGUGACACCAUCGAGAAUGUCAAGGCAAAGAUCCAGGACAAAGAGGGCAUCCCCCCUGACCAGCAGAGGCUGAUCUUUGCAGGCAAGCAGCUGGAAGAUGGCCGCACCCUGUCUGACUACAACAUCCAGAAAGAGUCCACCCUGCACCUGGUCCUGCGUCUCAGGGGUGGUAUGCAGAUCUUUGUGAAGACCCUGACAGGCAAGACCAUCACCCUGGAGGUCGAGCCCAGUGACACCAUCGAGAAUGUCAAGGCAAAGAUCCAGGACAAAGAGGGCAUCCCCCCUGACCAGCAGAGGCUGAUCUUUGCAGGCAAGCAGCUGGAAGAUGGCCGCACCCUGUCUGACUACAACAUCCAGAAAGAGUCCACCCUGCACCUGGUCCUGCGUCUCAGGGGUGGCAUGCAGAUCUUUGUGAAGACCCUGACAGGCAAGACCAUCACCCUGGAGGUCGAGCCCAGUGACACCAUCGAGAAUGUCAAGGCAAAGAUCCAGGACAAAGAGGGCAUCCCCCCUGACCAGCAGAGGCUGAUCUUUGCAGGCAAGCAGCUGGAAGAUGGCCGCACCCUGUCUGACUACAACAUCCAGAAAGAGUCCACCCUGCACCUGGUCCUGCGUCUCAGGGGUGGCAUGCAGAUCUUUGUGAAGACCCUGACAGGCAAGACCAUCACCCUGGAGGUCGAGCCCAGUGACACCAUCGAGAAUGUCAAGGCAAAGAUCCAGGACAAAGAGGGCAUCCCCCCUGACCAGCAGAGGCUGAUCUUUGCAGGCAAGCAGCUGGAAGAUGGCCGCACCCUGUCUGACUACAACAUCCAGAAAGAGUCCACCCUGCACCUGGUCCUGCGUCUCAGGGGUGGCAUGCAGAUCUUUGUGAAGACCCUGACAGGCAAGACCAUCACCCUGGAGGUCGAGCCCAGUGACACCAUCGAGAAUGUCAAGGCAAAGAUCCAGGACAAAGAGGGCAUCCCCCCUGACCAGCAGAGGCUGAUCUUUGCAGGCAAGCAGCUGGAAGAUGGCCGCACCCUGUCUGACUACAACAUCCAGAAAGAGUCCACCCUGCACCUGGUCCUGCGUCUCAGGGGCGGUAUGCAGAUCUUUGUGAAGACCCUGACAGGCAAGACCAUCACCCUGGAGGUCGAGCCCAGUGACACCAUUGAGAAUGUCAAGGCAAAGAUCCAGGACAAAGAGGGCAUCCCCCCUGACCAGCAGAGGCUGAUCUUUGCAGGCAAGCAGCUGGAAGAUGGCCGCACCCUGUCUGACUACAACAUCCAGAAAGAGUCCACCCUGCACCUGGUCCUGCGUCUCAGGGGCGGUAUGCAGAUCUUUGUGAAGACCCUGACAGGCAAGACCAUCACCCUGGAGGUCGAGCCCAGUGCCAUCAAGAAAGUCAGACAGGAAGAUGGACGCACCUUUCUCACUACAGUGUCUAGAAAGAGCCCUCCUUGUGCUUGUUCUUGGGCUUGAGGGGAGGUGCCUUAGUUUCCCCUGUCUCUUAAGCUGUUAACAGGUUUCAUUGCACUUUGAAUAAAAUUCUUGCAUUCCCAAAGGUC